AUGCAACAGUCUGAUGUUGAUUUGAAGGGAGCGGACCGAAAGAUCAGAUGUCGAUAUGACCUUGCAAUAAAAAAAGACCGCUGGAAUCCAGACAUAGGUCCACGCGAUAUUGGCGCCAGACUAAAGAUCUUCCAAGACAGUGGAAUGAUCACAUUCCAAGGGCUGAAUCUAGAUCAAUACUAUGAAGUCACCAGGGAAGAAGAGCAAGUCCUUCUGGACCACGAAGCACGCCUCAUCGAGCGCGAACGUUGUGGCUUCAAGCGCCAUUUGCGAAAAUGCAACGAGUGUCGCUUCCAGUGUCGGGAGAUCUCAAUUCGAAUCGGCCCUAGAUACGGGGGUAGUUUGAAGCGCGGCACGGCCAAAGUACCCAUCGUACCCAGCCGUCGGUUGCCCUUCGCCAGUGCAUUGGACCGAUAUUUCCCAAAUAUCGCCACCAUAUUUGAAAUGAAGAGGCCAGCAAAGAAUGCGCCUGUCAAACGUCUCUAUCGUAUGGAAACAUCCGAUUCUCCGUGGACUUUGUAUAUGAUUCGGUGCCCAGGAUGCUCACACUGGCAGGAACAGCGUGCAUUCCGCUUCGGGGGUAAGCCUCAACACUGGACACCUAUCGCCAAUCCCCAGUUGCCAUCUCGCAAUUGGGAUAAAUCUGAAAUCACACCAUCACUCAUUGAUGGCCUGAUAUGCAAUCAUUGCUAUGCUAAAGAACAUGGACGCAAAGAGCUCGGCAAAGUUCUCGUGAAAUGGCUAGACUGCUGCUUUGCCAAAAUGAGCGAAAUCGUUUAG